AUGGGCCGGUGGGGGAUGAAGCUCGGCGACAUGGCCGAGUUCCAGUGCUUCGUCUGCAAGGACGCCGGCGACGUCCGCGUCUGCGACUCCAGGAACUGCCUCAAGAGCUACCACCCGUGCUGCGUGGGGAAGGAGGACGACUUCAUUGAUUCCAGUGAGCAAUACGUUUGUGAUUGGCACAAAUGUGCUAAAUGCGGAAGUGAUGCACUCUAUUUAUGCUUGUGCUGUCCAAGUUCCUCUACUUGUGGAGACUGCUUUGGAAAAAUUGAUUUCAUCCCAGUGAAGCAGAGCAACGAAUUCAGCAUGGGAUUCUGCCGCAGCUGUUUUAAUAUGGCAGUAGCGACUGAGAAAGAUGACCGUGAAGAGGCAAAGGUUGCUUUCGGAGGUACCCCGGAGAACUAUGAAAUAUUGUUUAAAGAUUACUGGUCAGUACUUAAUGACAAGGAGCGUUUUACAUUGCUCGACUUGCAAAUUGCAAGUAUUCGUCAUAAAAGAAGCCUACAGUGUAAAGAAGGGAAUGAUUCGAAUGAGUAUCACAAGACAGAUGGAAAGCCAUUGGGUGACAAUGAUGGUGCUGGGCCAUCAUCUCUUCUUGACACAAUGGACAAACCAAAUGAAGUGCAAGCUACUCUGAAGAGAAAGAAGCUGGAGAAGAAAACAUAUGUUGGGUGGGCUUCAAAAGAGCUAACAGAAUUCCUAUCAUGUAUUGGUAAGAAUACAAGCACGCCUCUUGACCAUUUCAAAGUUGCUGAAGUUGUUAGGGAGUAUGUUCGACAGAAAAAUCUACAUCUACAUGAUAAGAAGAAGAAAUCUGUCAUGUGUGAUGAGAACCUGCAUUCUUUAUUUAACAAAAAGAAAAUUAAGUACAACAUGAUCCAUAGCCUGGUGGAAAUGCAUCUUUCUGCAAAUGCAAUUUCAGAGGAUGAAAGUGAUGGAUCUGUGGAUGAUACUGGUUACACGGUGAAAAAGAAGCCUCGGAAUAGUUUGGAGCCAAAAAUUCCUAAGAGUGUUUCAGGAAUAGACCCAAUAAUUCCUAAGAGUGUUUCAGGAACAAACAAGAAUUGUCUUGCCGCUCUCAAUCCGAAUAACCUGAAUCUGAUUUAUCUGAGAAGAACCUUAGUUGUAAAACUUCUGACUGAGCUAGACACAUUUGAACAGAAGGUUAUUGGUUGUUUGGUCAGAGUGAAGAAUGAUCUCAAGAGUUAUACUUAUAUGAUGACUAAGAAAUAUUACCAGAUUGGACUAGUUACAGGCAUUAAGAAAUCUUCAGAAGAAUACAAGAUUAAGAAUACAUUUACAGAUGUUCUUUUAUGUGUUUCCGGUAUGUGGGAUGAUGUCAAGAUCUCGAUGCUAUCAGAAGAGGACUUUGAGGAGGAUGAGUGCAAUGAUCUUCUGAAGUCGGCCAAGAAAGAGCUCUUCAAAAGGCCUACUGUUGCUGAGUUAGAGGAAAAAGCGGCAAGUGUACAUGCAGACAUAGUAAAUCAUUGGUUUGAUAAGGAGCUUCGAAAAUUGGAAAUGGAGUUGGAACGAGCGCGUGAGAAGGGGUGGCGUCAGGAUAUCCAUGACAUAAGUUGUCAGAAAAUGCUUCUAAGCACACCAGAAGAAAGACAGCGCCGUCUUGAGGCGACCCCGGAAGUUAUUCCAGAUGCUGAAGGGGAGAGUAAAGAAACUGGGAUUGAAUCAGCAGUGAACAUUCCUUUUCAAGGGAAUCGAGGAGAAAGACAGCAACGUCUUGAGGUGAUCCCCGAAGUUAUUCCAGAUGCAGAAGAAGGGAGUAAAGAAACUGAGAUUGAAUCAGCAGCAAGGAGCCCUUUUCAAGGGAGUCGAGGUGUGAUACAGACAGUAGUUGACCCUUUGGAAGUUGGUAUAGAUGAAUCACUAGAAGGUGCAUCUCUGCGACAUGACGCUGCCUGUGAAGUUGUUUUUGAAGCUGCCGGCAAAGCCCUCUGUAAUGGUGGCACUCCUGGUCCUGGAUUGCACACUCAACUGAACAAAGCUGCCGGCAAAGCCCUCUGUAGUGGUGGCACUCCUGGUCCUGGAUUGCACACACCAUUGAACACAGCUGCCGGCAAAGCCCUCUGUAAUGGUGGCACUCCUGGUCCUGGAUUGCACACUCAAUUGAACACAGUUACUGCAGUUACUGGAGUCAUUGAUAUCGACAACGAGGAUGAUGGAAAUGGUCCUAGUCAUCACACUGGUGGUGACAAGGAAUAUGUCAUCGAUCUGGUCAGUGAUGACGACGAGGAUGUUCACAUGGAGCAGCGUGAGCGAGAACGGGCAAAAUGUGAUGGACCAGUAGCCGUUAAUGGGAUCGCUGCGCAUGCACAUGACGGACCGGAAGCUGUCAAUGGGGUCACCGUACCUACAGUCCAUGCUUCCAAUGAUCUGGAUGGAAACACGGGGCCUGCAUGCAGUACGUCACAAGCCAUGGUGCGUGAUCCUGUAACUGUGAAUGGGACAGGCAAGUCAGAUCAAGGGUGGAUGUACAUAGAUCCUCAGGGGCGAGAGCAUGGGCCAUACCCAAUGGCUCAAAUGCGGGAGUGGCAGCAAAGUGGGUACUUCCCUGAGGGCUUCCGCGUGUGGAGAGCAGGGAGAUCAAGGCGGGGGAGAGCCUCCAUGUUGCUGAUAGAUGCCAUGCGGCUGCAUUAG